GAUGACUGACCACCAACAAUCACAAUCAUCUUCCUUCAUGCCAGGUUGCAUGGUAGAUACCACGAGAUGGCCCCACACAUAGUGCCAAUGGACUAUACGAACGAGCCAGAUGUCAAAAUUCCAAUUCAACUCAUAACAAACAUGCCUGAGCUAAAGGAGAAUCCGUUCAAGGAGCAAAUAGUGAAGACCUUUUCGGAGGAUGGUGCUGGGAAUCUGAGCUUUAAUGACUUUGUGGACAUGUUCUCGGUGCUUAGUGAAAUGGCUCCCAGAGAGCUGAAAGCCAUUUACGCCUUCAAAAUCUAUGAUUUCAACACAGAUAAUUUAAUCUGCAAGUCAGACCUGGAGAAGACUCUCAAUAAGUUGACUCGAGAGGAGCUCGCCCCUGAAGAGGUGACCCUGGUCUGUGAGAAAGUGAUUGAAGAAGCUGAUUUGGAUGGUGAUGGGAAACUUAACUACCCGGAUUUUGAGAAUAUGAUUGGCAGAGCACCCGAUUUCCUCAGCACUUUCCACAUUCGGAUCUGAAGACAGGC